AUGUCUCUAGCUGAUCGUCUGAGUGGAGGUGUACCCGGUGGACGCGCAGCGCGAACGAAAUCGUCCAAUUCGCUCCGUUCAAAGCCCUACAGCGCGAGUCCUCGCUCGUCUGGACGGUCUAGCGAUAGGGAAGACGGCAAACGCGACCUGGACGCGAAGUGGACGCACGACAAGUAUGCGUCGCAUAAUGGCAUCGAGGGAGGAGAACUCGGUGCGCGCAUGACUGGCGACGUUGGACGACAAAUCACCAGCGGCACUUCUGGCUCGUCCAGACUCGUAAACAGGGCAUUCGCUGGUGUACUCGGCAAAGCUGAACCAAAGGGUGCUACUUCAGACUCUGGAGGGCUCUCCAUCAAGGGAGCGUCUACGCUCGCGGGAACCGGAGUCGAAGUGGACGGUCUCGCGCCUGGCACGACAGCAGAAGAUGUGGCAGAAAUAUUUUCUAGCUGCGGCAAAAUUGUCGAACAUCGUCUGCUCACCCGCCCCGACUCGCCAACAGUCCGUGUCUUUCUCCACUUUGAGACAGCACAAGGUGCACAAACUGCAGUGGCACGAUUCGACAAACAAACCGCGGAUGGACGCACUUUGAACGUUUUCGUUGUCAGUGCUGGCUCGCUCGCAUCUCGCAUGGGAUUCCAAGGGAGGAGUGCCCCGCCAAAGAAGAAUGUGGACUUGCUGGCAGACAGCACACCCAGGUCUGGAGGCAUGCGCUCAGAUGAAAUCAUGCAAACCGACCCUCGGGCCAAAUUGGUCAGUGACCCUUCUGGUGCCAAUAAACUCAUCCAGAGCAUUCAAUCAACCUCUAAUGGUAAUGAGCGACGUAAUGAACGAAAAGGAGGACGUGGACGAGGAGGAAAGCCGGGCGGACCCGCUCGCUCCUUGUCGAGUAGGAUGCAACUAGACUAA